UUCAAUAUUGUUCUUUAUCGUCAAACCUUAUUGGAGCAGCGUGGUGGAUUUCAGCUCUUUUCGUAUUCGGAGGAAGCCUGUAUCUCAUCCGUCAUUACAAAAUGGGUCGAAAAGUAGUAGUAGCAGUAUGCACGCUAAAUCAAUGGGCUCUGGAUUUCGAAGGAAACUUGAAUAGAAUUCUGCAAUCAAUCCAAGAGGCCAAAGAAAUGGGGGCUUUAUAUAGAACGGGACCAGAAUUGGAAAUAUGCGGAUAUAGUUGCGAGGAUCACUUUCACGAACCAGACACAUUCCUUCAUAGCUGGCAAGUAAUAGCGGAACUGCUAAAAUCACCAACAUGUAAAGAUAUUCUUGUAGAUGUUGGAAUGCCAGUUCAACACAGAAAUGUAUCCUAUAACUGUCGAGUUGCUUUUCUCAAUAAGAACAUUCUUCUGAUAAGACCGAAGAUGAUAUUAUGUGAAGAUGGCAACUACAGAGAGACACGAUGGUUUUCUGGUUGGACAAAGGAACGUCAAGUGGAAGAUUAUUACUUACCACGAAUGAUAACGGCAAUCACUAAUCAGACUACAGUUCCUAUAGGUGAUGCAGUAAUUUCCACUAGAGACACAUGUAUUGGUUUCGAAAUUUGCGAAGAGUUAUGGAAUCCUCAAAGUCGACAUAUCCCUAUGGGCCUCGAUGGAGUUGAAAUAAUAUCAAAUGGCUCUGGCAGUUACAUGGAAUUACGUAAAGCGUACGUUACUGUAGAUUUAGUUAAAAGCGCUACAUUUAAGAGCGGAGGAGCGUAUUUGUUUAGCAAUUUGAGGGGCUGCGACGGGCAAAGGAUCUAUUUUAACGGUUGCUCAUGUGUUACAGUAAACGGAGAGGUUGUUAGUCGUGGUCUUCAAUUUGCACUACACGAUGUUGAAGUGAUAACAGCCACAAUAGAUUUAGAAGACAUACGAUCUUAUCGUACAAAACUCCGCUCUAGGAGCCAUUUGGCCACCUCAAAUGUACCGUUUCCUCGGAUUCCUGUAGAUUUUGCAUUAUCCGAUGAUGAAGACGUACAUCUCACUAUAAGCCCACCGAUCGAAUGGAAAUAUUUGACACCUGAAGAAGAAAUAGAAUUAGGUCCGGCGUGUUGGUUGUGGGAUUACCUACGGAGAUCAGGACAGGGUGGAUUCUUCCUUCCGCUAAGUGGGGGUGUGGACUCUACUAGCACGGCGUGUAUUGUUUUCUCUAUGUGCACACAGAUUUGUGAAGCUGUACAGAAAGGAGAGAGUCAAGUUUUAUACGAUGUUCGCAAGAUCCUCUGUCAAGCAGACUACACGCCUUCCGACCCGAUGGAGCUUUGUAAUCGGCUACUUGUAACGUGCUACAUGGCGUCGGAGAACUCUAGCCAGGAGACUAAACAAAGAGCCUCUCAGCUUGCCAGUGAAAUAGGUAGUUAUCACUUUCCAAUAGUGAUUGAUUCCGCUGUUAGUGCGGUAAUAGGUAUAUUCACUACCGCCACUGGACUAGUACCAAAGUUCAGGACCAAGGGAGGUUGUCCGCGGCAAAAUCUUGCCUUGCAAAACAUUCAGGCACGCCUUCGAAUGGUUUUAUCGUAUUUAUUCGCACAACUAAUGCUCUGGGUGCGCGGAAGACCGGGUGGUUUGCUUGUACUCGGUUCAUCGAACGUAGACGAGGCACUUAGAGGAUACAUGACAAAAUACGAUUGCUCGAGUGCCGAUGUGAACCCCAUUGGAGGAGUAUCUAAGACAGACUUAAAGUCCUUCCUGCAGUACGCUAAAAGCCGAUUCUUCUUGCCGUCACUCUCUGAAAUACUCCAAGCGCCACCAACGGCGGAACUAGAACCGCUGACCGAUGGUCAGAUAACACAGACCGACGAACAAGACAUGGGAAUGACAUACGCAGAACUGUCCGAGUUCGGUCGCCUGAGGAAGACGUACCACUGUGGACCAUUCAGCAUGUUUCAAAAGCUUGUUCAUAAGUGGAAUGGCAAGUGUACGCCGCAAGAGGUAGCGGAGAAGGUGAAGCAUUUCUUCCGCUGUUACGCCAUCAACCGCCAUAAAAUGACGGUUCUCACACCGUCGUACCACGCGGAGACCUACAGUCCCGACGACAACCGAUUCGACCACCGCCCGUUUCUCUACCGUGUCCACUGGAACUGGCAGUUCAAAACCAUCGACGACACUGUCGCUCAAAUGGGAAAGGAGAAACGUAUCAAGCAGGGUGAAGCUAAUACAAAACCGGAGUCCCCGUCGAGUUCAAACCCAAACAUAACCCUUAACUUUAAUAUGCGAAGGGAUAGAAAGGGAGUAUUAAUUUAAAUUAAAUUAAAGCAGCACAAUUAUAGAAAAAAAAAUUGUUGUGAAAUUUUUCGUAUUUUUUUUGGCGCAAAGUUAGGGUUCAUUCAAUAGUGUACUAGAUUUGCUAUCUCAUAUAAAAUCUUCUGAAAAGCAGAUAUUUUAAAUGCAUACAAAGUGUCUAAGACCAGUGGCGUGCACUG